GCCGGGAUGCAGAGCAUCAAGUGCGUGGUGGUGGGUGACGGGGCGGUGGGCAAGACCUGCCUGCUGAUCUGCUACACCACCAACGCCUUCCCCAGCGAGUACAUCCCCACGGUCUUCGACAACUACAGCGCCCAGAACACGGUGGACGGCCGGACGGUCAGCCUGAACCUGUGGGACACGGCCGGGCAGGAGGAGUACGACCGGCUGCGGACCCUCUCCUACCCGCAGACCAACGUCUUCGUGGUCUGCUUCUCCAUCGCCAGCCCCUCCUCCUACGAGAACGUCAAGCACAAGUGGUACCCGGAGGUCUGCCACCACUGCCCCGACGUGCCCAUCCUGCUGGUGGGCACCAAGAAGGACCUGCGCGGCGACGCCGAGGCCGUGCGCAGGCUCAAGGAGCAGAGCCAGGCCCCCCUCACCCCCCAGCAGGGACACGCCCUGGCCAAGCAGAUCCGCGCCGUCAAGUACGUGGAGUGCUCCGCCCUCAACCAGGAGGGCAUCAAGGACGUCUUCGCAGAGGCCGUCCGCGCCGUACUCAACCCGGCCCCCGCCAAGCCCAAGAAGCCCUGCCGACUCUUGUGAGGAGCGGGCCGGAAGGGGCACCCAGGGGUCACCUGGACCACCCUUUCUGCCAGGUGGAAAGACACAAUCCAAGCCCUCCCAGGCGAUGGACAUCCCAGGUGGACCGUAUUCCAGUAGGGUUGAAGGGACCACCAAAGGCCACCCAGUAUCUCCAGCCAGGAAGGAGGACACAAUCCAAGCUCUCCCAGUAGAUGGACAUCCCAGGUGGACCGUAUUCCAGUAGAGUUGAAGGGACCUCCAAAGGCCACCCAGUAUCUCCAGCCAGGAAGGAGGACACAAUCCAAGCUCUCCCAGUAGAUGGACAUCCCAGGUGGACCGUAUUCCAGUAGGGUUGAAGGGACCUCCAAAGGCCACCCAGMAUCUCCAGCCAGGAAGGAGGACACAAUCCAAGCUCUCCCAGUAGAUGGACAUCCCAGGUGGACCUUAUUCCAGUAGGGUUGAAGGGACCUCCAAAGGCCACCCAGUAUCUCCAGCCAGGAAGGAGGACCCAAUCCAAGUCCCCCAGUAGAUGGACAUCCCAGGUGGACUGUAUUCCAGUAGGGUUGAAGGGAUUCAGGCAGGAAGGACACAAUCCAAGCCCUCCCAGUAGAUGGACA